AUGAGUCAUCCAAUAAAACCCAAAAAAGUUUCCAUCUUUAAAAUCUCACCACUACCAAGCCCAUCUCUUAAAACCCCAUCAAUUCGCUCUCGCUUAAGCAAACUUUGUCAAGAAGGGCAACUUCUUAUCGCACUCCAACGGUUUGACACACUUCCCCGCCCAACAACUGUCAUUUGUAACUCCAUCAUAAUUGGCUUCAUUUGCAAUAACUUGCCUUUUGAAGCCAUUUUGUUCUAUUCCAAGCUAAAAAGUUGCAGUCUUGGAACCAAUUUUGAUUCAUAUACUUACUCUUCUACACUCAAAGCUUGCGCGAAAACGCGCAGUUUAAAGAUUGGUAAAGCCAUUCAUUGCCAUCUUAUUCGGUGUUUACCAAAUCCUAGUAGAAUUGUGUAUAAUUCCCUUUUGAAUAUGUUCUCUAGUUGUUUAAGCAAUGUGAGUUAUUUUGAUUACUUUAAGGAUGAUUUAGUGCAUAAAGUUUUCGAUGCGAUGAGAAAGAGAGAUGUUGUUGCUUGGAAUACUGUGAUUUCUUGCGUAGGAGAUUUUAAGAAUGCUAAUGUUCUUUAUGGGAUGCUUGUGAAAAUCGGUAGUAAAUAUUUGAAUGACUUAUUUAUUGUGAGUUCGGCAAUAUUCAUGUUUGCAGAGCUUGGACGUGUUGAUUUUGCUAGGAAGGUUUUUGACCAUUGUGUAGAGGAGAAUACGAAAAUCUGGAACACUAUGAUUGGUGGAUAUGUACAGAAUAAUUGUUUGGUUGAGGGUAUUGAUCUUUUUGUUCAAGCUGUGAAAACAGAACAAACUGUUUUAGAUGAUGUAAUCUUUCUCUCAGCAUUAACAGCUAUCUCACUGUUGCAAUGUCUAGACUUGGCUCAGCAGCUGCAUGCCUUUAAUGGAAUGGAUGAUGAGGUGUUGAUGCUUGUAUAUGAGAUGCAGAAUCAAGGGUUUGCAAUUGAUUCUGUGACAGUAACUGCUCUACUUUUUGCAGCAUCUAAUCUUAGAAACCAAGAAAUUAGAAAGCAGACCCAUGCUUAUCUUCUUAGGCAUGGGAUACACUUUGAAGGAAUGGGCGGUUAUCUUAUAGACAUGUAUGCAAAAUGUGGCUUGAUUAGACCUUCACAGCAAAUUUUUGAGAGAGGCAAUCAUGGGCUAGUAGAAGAAGCUUUUGUUACCUUUAGACAAAUGCUUGAGAAAAAUGUAAUGCCCAAUGCUGUAGCCUUAGCAUCCAUUCUCCCUACUUGUAAUCCUGUGGGAAGCGCAAUCAAUUAUGCUGAAAGCGUGUUUACCAAAUUACCGAAGAAAAAAUCUGCUACCUACACAACAAUGAUAUUGGGUUGUGGUCAACAUGGGAUGGGCGAAAGAGCUCUCUCCCUGUUUCAUUCAAUGCAGAAAUCUGGGAUUGAACCUGAUGCCAUUACUUUCGUUGCUAUCUUGUCAGCUUGCAAUCAUUCAGGGUUGGUUCAUGAAGAGUUGAUGGGGGUGGUUGAAGCUUAUGAUUUUGUUAAACAAUUAGGUGAAGCUGGCAAUGUGUUGGAAAUUUGGGGAUCACCAGAAUCUAUCUUUAUUAUCUACUUUGAUUCUGAUAGAUCAAGUGCAAUUGUCUGUUAG